AUGUCUGCAGUUUCGGUACCAGCACCCGUCGUGGUAGAGAACCCGGACGGAACCAAGACCAUUGUGUCUUACAAAAUUGACAAUGGCAAGAAAUACAGAGUCACACAGAAAGUUCGCGAAAUCAAAGUGACAGAAAAGGUGAACAAAUCGGUCGCAGCCCGUAAAAAUUGGCAUAAGUUCGGUGCCGAGCAAAACUCGGCACCAGGCCCUGAUUACUCGACCACACAACUCGGAGAAGAAAUCGUGCUCAGACUCGGAACCCAAUGGCGUAAAAUCGAAGAAGAAGAAGAGCAAAAGGCCAAAGAAUCCAAGGGCGGGGAGAAGCUCAUCACGUGUCGUAUCUGUGGUGGUAACCAUUACACGAUGCACUGUCCUUUCAAAGAUACCAUGGGCGACGCCAGUGCUGCCAACGGUGGUGCUGGCGGCGAUCCUGCCAUUUCUGGCGAUCCUGCCGUCGAUGGCGGAGCUGGCGCUGGCGAGGGAGAAAUUAUCGCAGGCAAAUACGUGCCUCCAUCUCGUAGAGCUGGAGCUCGCGAUCCUUCUUCGAGCAACAACCUCGACGCAUACCGCGACCAAAGAGAGCGUGAUGAUGCCAAGACUUUGAAGAUCAUGCAAUUGAACGAAAACGCCGACGAAAACACACUAAGAUACGAACUAUUGUUCCCAUUCGGCAGAAUACCUAAGGUCGUCGUUGUCAGAAAUAGAGAAACCGGUAGAUCCAGAGGUAUUGCGUAUGUGACUUUUGAAACCGAAGAAAUUGCUGAAACUGCUAUGAACUUCCUAAACGGCAGAGGUUUCAUGAACCUGAUUUUGAAUGCCGAUUGGUCCAAGCCUAAGGUCAAGGAGGAGUAG